CUAAGGGAAGCGUAUGUCAUUGUUAUCUUUCGCAAGUCCAGAAAUUGGCCAAAAUUUCCGAGCCUCUUUUGAUUCCUUCUGUUUCUGAUCUUGCUCUUCGAUGCUACUGUAUCAUAGCUACCGGUAGCAACAGGAGACUGUUUCUCGUCAAUCGUAUCCAUCCAUCCAUCCAUCCCAUCCACCAUGACAGCCACCACCCCUCCUGUGAUUUCCUUGUCAUCUCCAACGGCCGUGUCGGAGAUUGCGUCUGCCUGUUCUACCUGGGGUGGAUUUGUGCUGGUACAUCACGGCUUGGAUUCUGCGCUGUUGGAUCAAGUGCUGACGCUGGGUCAUCAGUUUUUCGAUUUGCCCUUGGAGAUCAAGGAAAAGUACAACCUGCAACUCCACGGCGCCAAAUGGCGGGGCUACAUGCCAUAUGGAGGAGAGCGAUCUUGUGGCGGCCAACAAGAAGAUGCCAAGGAAGGACUGUACUUGGGGGAUGAGCAUCCCAGCGACCACCCCCAGUUGGGCCUCCCCACUUUUGGCAGCAAUGUGUUUCCCAAUGAGGAGAUUCCCGCAAUGAAAGACGUCUAUGUCGAAUACCACAAACAAAUGAAAGAGUUGGGAAAUCGCAUGAUGCGAGUCUUGGCGACAGGUCUGGAAUUGCCCGAAGAUACCAUUGAACAGAAUGUCACGCAAUACGAUCCUGUCAUUUUGCCACGUGCAUUUAGCUACAAGCCGCAGCAGGCCGAGCAAGAAGGACAACAAUGGGGCAUUGGAGAACACUCGGACUAUGGACUUUGGACCAUGAUCUUGACCAAUGCGCCUGGCUUGGAAUUCCAACAUCCAGAAUCCAAACAGUGGUGUGCCGUGCCCUUUGUCCCGCAUGGCAUUAUCAUGAACGUGGGUGAUGUCCUCGAUCGAUUGACUGGUGGAAAGUUCAUUUCACCCUUUCAUCGAGCCCGUAACUUGUCUUCGACCGAGCAGCGACUCUCCUUGCCCUUUUUCUACGAUCCCAGUUGGACGGCCAAAAUGACCGCACUCCCAUUGCCCGAUACCCAAAAUGACACCCAACAACGUGUCCAAGAACGAUGGGCCAAAACAAAGAUCCGAUGCCAAUUCGAUGGAUCGGUCGAGUACUCGGAAUUUCUUGCCAAGAAGGUGGCCAAUGUAUUCCCCGACUUGAUUCCCGAAGCGCAUUGGAAGCACCUUCAAUCCACCUCGGAACCAUCCACGCGACAUGUGCUGGUUGUGGAAACUCCCGAUGCCAGUAUUGCUGGAAAGGUUCGGGAACGAGUCAUCCAAUUCUAUCACGACCAUCAAGGACACAUCAAGGAGUCGCAUGGCAUGAAGCAUAUCCGGCGGGUCUAUGAGCAUGCGACCAAGGCGGUGCACGCCCAUGUACCCCCCUUGUCGUCGCAACAAUCCAUGUUGGUGCUGGUGGCGGCCCUCUUGCAUGACGUGGACGACACCAAAUACUUUCCAAGCCAUACAAACUAUGAACACGCCCGUCAAAUCAUGUCCCACGUGGAGGGACUGCAGGAACAGCAGCAACAAGAUGCCGUAGUGGAAUUGAUUUCCUACGUGAGCUGCAGCCAGAACAAGAACCGUGUCCCCCCAGCGGUGGCAGCCAACAAUGCCUAUUGGAAACUCAUUCCUCGCUAUGCCGAUCGUCUGGAAGCGGUGGGCCGUAUCGGAGUGGUGCGGUGCUACCAGUACAACUGCGAAAAGGGACAGUUGCUCUCCAGUGAGAAUACGCCUUGUCCGCAAACCGAAGAGGAUGUGUGGAAACUGGCGACUCCCCGGCGAUUCGAAGCCUACAAUGGCGACAGCGACGAUAUGAUUUCCCAUUACUACGACAAGCUCUUGCAUGUGGCGCGUCCUCCCCCCAAUGUGGUGCGCAACUCAUACUUGGAAAAGAGGGCUUUGGCUUCGUCCAAGGAGUUGGUGGAGGUUUGCUUGCGCUAUGGCCGAACGGGUGUGGUGGAUGAAGCAUACAUUCGAAGUCUUGCCUAUUAAUAGUUAGUACCAAUUAAUUAAUUAAAGCUUUUAGUAUUAUAGCCAGG